UUAAUUCAGCCAAACAGUUGAGCCAAUGGCUUUCUUCAGGGUUCAAACAGUUCUACGGAAGGCUGUAUAUUUCAUUGAAAACUUUAGUCAAUGUCGCGUGACGCAUGAUCUUCGAGUGUACCGACAUCAAGCGUUCAGUAAGAAAUCCAUCCUCGAAAAUGUCGAUGAUGCCACAGCUGCCAAAAAGCCAAGACCGAAAACGGUACCAGUGCCGAAGAUCACACUGCUAUUACCGGACAACUCGAUCACCGUGACUGUGCUGGAAGAAGCCCAGCGUCUGGCGAAACGUCGCAACCUCAACCUCGUCAAGAUCAGCGAUUUUGACAGCAAAACGGAACGACCAAGCUAUAAACUGACGACCACUUUCCUCGAAGAGAGUGAAGAGGAAGAUGCUAGCAAGUAUACACAAAAAUCAAAGGGCAUUAAAUUAUUCUACAUUUCUGCGAAAAUUGGUGACCAUGACUUGCGAACAAAGACAAAGAAUUUACUCAAGUUGUUGAACAAAGGACACAAGGUUAAAAUCGUCAUCAAUCUGGAUGAAGCAGUUGAAGAUAAAGUACAAAGCAACAUAGAAGAAGUAGUGAAAAACUAUGGUGAUAUCCAGCGAAUGCCAUCAAAGAAGAAUGUUGUGUUACUUUUAAUAAAGCCCUUGCUAAAUAGUAAAAAUAGAGACAGUUCAGUAAAGAAUAAUGAAGAGAUUGGUGCAUCUAGCACAAUUAGUCAAAGUGAUAAUAUAUAAUUUAUUGAUAUUGAAUGAAAUAUUUUCAAUAAUUAAAUGAUAAUUUAUCAUUAUUACCAAUAU